GGGGAGCCCGGCCGCUAGCGCUCCAGGUCCGCCUCUGACUGCGGCGCGGCGGGGCGAUGUGUGAUUACCAUGGCGAGGAGUCUCUGUCCGGGGGCCUGGCUAAGAAAACCCUAUUACCUCCAGGCUCGCUUCUCCUAUGUGCGGAUGAAAUAUCUUUUCUUUUCCUGGUUGGUGGUUUUUGUUGGAAGCUGGAUUAUAUAUGUGCAAUACUCUACCUAUACAGAGUUAUGCAGAGGAAAGGACUGUAAGAAAAUAAUAUGUGACAAAUACAAAACUGGAGUUAUUGAUGGGCCUGCAUGCAAUAGCUUGUGUGUUACAGAAACUCUUUACUUUGGAAAAUGUUUAUCGACCAAGCCCAACAAUCAGAUGUAUUUAGGGAUUUGGGAUAAUCUUCCAGGUGUUGUGAAAUGUCAAAUGGAACAAGCACUUCAUCUUGAUUUUGGAACUGAAUUGGAACCAAGAAAAGAAAUAGUUCUAUUUGAUAAGCCAACUAGGGGAACUACUGUCCAGAAAUUCAAAGAAAUGGUCUACAGUCUCUUUAAAGCUAAGUUGGGCGAUCAAGGAAACCUUUCUGAACUGGUUAAUCUCAUCCUGACGGUGGCUGAUGGAGACAAAGAUGGUCAGGUUUCCUUGGGAGAAGCAAAGUCAGCAUGGGCACUUCUUCAGUUAAAUGAGUUUCUUCUCAUGGUAAUACUUCAAGAUAAAGAACAUACCCCCAAAUUAAUGGGAUUCUGUGGUGAUCUCUAUGUGAUGGAAAGUGUAGAAUAUACCUCUCUUUAUGGAAUAAGUCUUCCAUGGGUCAUCGAACUUUUUAUUCCAUCUGGAUUCAGAAGAAGCAUGGAUCAAUUAUUCACACCAUCAUGGCCUAGAAAGGCUAAAAUAGCCAUAGGACUUCUAGAAUUUGUGGAAGAUGUUUUCCAUGGCCCAUAUGGAAACUUUCUCAUGUGUGAUACUAGUGCCAAAAACCUAGGAUAUAAUGAUAAGUAUGACUUAAAAAUGGUGGACAUGAGAAAAAUUGUGCCAGAGGCAAACCUCAAAGAACUUAUUAAGGACCGUCACUGUGAGUCGGAUUUGGAUUGUGUCUAUGGCACCGAUUGUAGAACUAGCUGUGAUCAGAGCACAAUGAAGUGUACUUCAGAAGUGAUACAACCAAACUUGGCAAAAGCCUGUCAGUUACUCAAAGACUACCUGCUGCGUGGUGCUCCAAGUGAAAUUCGUGAAGAAUUAGAAAAGCAGCUUUAUUCUUGUAUUGCUCUCAAAGUCACAGCAAAUCAAAUGGAAAUGGAACACUCUUUGAUACUAAAUAACCUGAAAACAUUACUGUGGAAGAAAAUUUCCUACACAAAUGACUCUUAAUUCCAUCUGAACAUUACCAUUAUAGGAAACCUCUUUUUAAAAAGUUUUGAGCUUUUUAAAAAAUGGCGAUUUCAGAGUUCGCGGUCAGUUAAACCUCCUUUCCCCUGGACCUAGUGAAGCCAUCCUGAUUACUAAAUGGCAGGUAUAGAGAUUAACAGGUCCAAAAGUCAUUCCUUUUUUAAAGAAACUGUUACCCUUCCCAGUGCACUCACUGUGUAACUAUUUCAACUAACAACAAAAAUGCUGUGAAAAUCCUCAUUCCAUAAACAGUGAAUUUUGUACAUUUUUGUUAGCCAAAAUAUCACUGCUGAAAACAUUGUUUGCAUUGAAGCUGCUGUUAAAUUUAUACAUACAUUUACUAAUGUUCUUAGCAUGGUAAAGUUUUGCACAUUAAUAGAAACUAAGACUGCAAAGCAGGUAAAUUACUCCUUUGUAACAGACAUUGGGUUAAUAGCAUGGUUUAUUAUACAUUUUUUACCUCAUUUAUACAUCAAUUGAGUAUCUAUGGUUUCCUGGUCCUCUUAAAAUUCAAAAUCCUAUAUAAGUAUUAUACUUGGCAAUAAUGUAAUUGCCAGCUUUAUUGCCAAAACUGGGUAAGCUUUCAUGUAAUUUUCCCAUAUAAUACAAGUACCACCCAACCAAACUGAACCCUUUAAAA